UUCUUCUUUUCUCUCACAAUACUCACAUGAUAUUUCAUGGCAGACGACAAGCACCACACCAUGACGAAGGGAGUUGACAAAUUAAUUCUGGAAGAUGACAAGAAAGAUGAAGCAGAGAUUGAUGAAGAACAACAACUUAACGACGAUCCUGACGAAGAUGACAUCUCCCCAGAAGAAUUUGCAGCACUUAACAGUCAAAUGGACCAGCUGAACUCAGCCUUGGACGUCUUGGAAGAACAAAACGAUAUGAUUCAUGCAAAAUUAGUGGAUUUGCUUGAAUCGAACCGAGCGGCAAGAAAGCAAUUCAAAGAAGAGCAAGAAAAAAAGUUAAAGGAAACAGCUGACAAAAAGUAAGACAUUAUGUAUAUGAAAUAUCUAUCUUUUAAAAAUGGGAAAAUUGAAUCCUUCUCUCAUUAAAAUUGUUAUUCAAAGUUGGCUAUUUCAUGGGCAACAUUCCAUUUAAAAGUUGUUACAAUUAUAAUUCUUAUAAGGUGAUCAGUAUUAAAAUAAACAGAAAUUUUAAAAACACA